GAGAUCAGAGGGUAACGGUGAUGGCGGAUGCUCCGAUUCCUCAGCCCGAUAAGAUUCUCAACUACCCGCAGAAUGGGGAGCUGGAAUUUCUCUUCAGGAAGAAGUUGACAAGCAGCGACAUGCGCACCGGGUUAAUCCUCACGUCGUAUUCGAACUACUACCUAAGACAUCUUCCGAGGCCGCUACUCGAUGUCAUUACCGGGGAUGGACUGACGGUCUGGUGUUACACACCAGCUAUACACCACAGCGGCGCCGUACUAAAAGGCCAUACCACAUAUUUCCGGUUCAAGAAAACUGGUUGGGAGCAAAUUUCCGCCGCGAAUGGAUUCCUCACUGAACAAGAAAUCGAUUGCUGGUCUCUAUAUGAUGCAGAGGAUGGUCCGCACGGCAACUUGAGAUUUCUGAUCCAAUCGGUUGGCGACCAUGUGGUACCUGAGGAAGCUGCUUGAGGAGGAGCAGGAACAUCAAGUGGAAGUUAAAGAGGAUCAGGAAUUCUGAACAAUGCUUAAGAAUUAUUCGACACUACAUGAUAGGUUGCUAGUUUUCUUACUGUUCUUUCCUUUAUUGGGUCUCUGGCUAAUGGUAAAUUGAGCGCUUAAGAAUUAGAUAACUAACUCGCAUUCCUGUGUUUUCCUGCUUCCUAAGUUUGCUUCUAGUUAAACGAAUGAUCAUCCAGACACUAAAUUCAUGA